UCAAUUACAAGUUACAAAUGAUUGGGGUUCCGCCGCCGGCGAAUGAUGUCGUCACUUACGUCUCGCCGUGGCUCUCUGUCCCGUGGCCUUCUGUCAGCCCGUCCUAUUAAAGCUGCUUGCAGAUGUCCCCUCAGCCAAAUCCAUCGACGACAGAUCGUUGGGCCAUGGGUUGGAGAGGCAUCCUCGGCUUCGAAUACGGCAUCGUGCAGGCGCCCCUGGGCCCCGAUAUCUCCGGUCCUGAGCUCGUCGCCGCCGUCGCCAACGCUGGCGCCAUCGGCCUCCUCCGAGCGCCGGAUUGGGAGGCACCUGAUCACCUGAGGGAUUUGAUACAAAAAACUAGAACUUUGACAGACAAACCGUUUGGGGUCGGUAUGGUUCUAAGUUUUCCACACAAAGAAAACCUGAAGGUUGUGUUGGAAGAAAAAGUUGCAAUAUUGCAAGUUUACUGGGGAGAGUUCCCAAAAGAACUCGUUUCAGAGGCACAUCUUGCAGGAGUCAAGGUCAUUCACCAAGUUGGUUCUUUUGAGGAAGCCAAGAAAGCCAAAUGUGCCGGAGUUGAUGCUAUUAUUGUUCAAGGUCGGGAAGCUGGGGGGCAUGUAAUUGGUCAGGAUGGAUUGAUCUCACUACUGCCAAGAGUAGUAGACUUGGUGUCGGAUUGUGAUAUUACUGUCAUUGCUGCGGGUGGUAUUGUAGAUGCUCGUGGUUAUGUUGCAGCUUUGAUACUCGGUGCUCAUGGUGUUUGUCUCGGGACCAGGUUUCUUGCAACCCAUGAAAGCUUCGCACACCCUUAUUACAAACAAAAGCUGCUUGAAUACAAUGAGACAAACUACACAAAUGUAUUUGGCCGUUCAAGAUGGCCUGGCGCACCGCAUCGUGUGCUAAGAACACCUUUCUACACUGAGUGGAGGCAUUUCCCAGAUGAUGAAAAUGAGGAAAAUCAACCUGUCAUUGGUCAUUCAGUAAUUCAUGGCGUGCCGAAGGAGAUACACCGAUUUGCCGGUACAAUUCCAAAUGCGACGACAACAGGUGAUUUGGAUUGCAUGGUUAUGUAUGCUGGUGAAGGUGUCGGCAUGAUCAAGGAAAUUCUGCCUGCUGCAGAAGUGUUGAGGAAACUAAUCGAGGAAGCACAACAAAUCAUUCAGCAAAAAUUCUCUCAUGUUUGAACUCAAAUGAGUUCAUAAAAUCAAUGAAAUUUCAGUAGUAAUUUUCAAAAUAAUGUAAUCAUGAUCCGUCUGCAAGUUUCAUGAUCCUUUUUUCUUGGCUGAAAAAACAGAAUUUUAUGGUGUGUUUGAUUUAUGAAAAAAAAAAAAUACUGAAUGGAGUAUUUUCUUUGCU